AUGAAGGCAAAUCCUGAUGAACAUGUUAUUGAUACUUGGAAAGAUAGCCAUUUGAGAAAAUCGACAAAAGAAAAAAUGACGGAAGAGCUUGAGAGGGCACGACUUCAAAGCCAGUCUCAAGGACCGACGGAGGGAUCUGAAACUGAAUCUGCUACUGAAUCCUCGUCGAUCGAUCAGUACGAGAUUAUGAGUAAAGUACUAAUAAUAUUUCUGUUAAUAAUCUUCUAUGUCAUUCUCAACCAAGCUUCUAUGAUCAUGAGCUCCAUUGUUGAGACUAAUGAUGAUGAUCCCAAGAUGACUUUCUUUUCCUUUCCUUCUUUCAACCCGGAGAGUUGCAUAAACGGUGAUCUUCUUUGCAUGGGCUCAGUGAGCAUAGGCAACACUACUAAUUAUGGCCAUUAUUAUUUAAACCUCACACCGGAGCCGCCACCGCCCAAUUCAACGACGACUCAUCCGACGGCUAAGGACAAGAUUGGCCGAGUCUUGUAUAGACAGCCUGUGGUUGCAUGGCCAGCAAUGAUCUCUACCACCUUCACAGUUAGGAUUUCUCCCUUCCCAAACUCUAGUGUUUCAGGCGACGGAAUAGCAUUUGUUUUCGCUCAAGAUAACAAACCUUCUCCUCCUCGUAGCUUUGGCUCCUAUCUUGGACUCCUUGAUAGAUCAACUCAAGGUGGUGUGAUUCAACAAUUAGCAGUAGAGCUAGACACUUACAUGAAUGAAUUCGACAUAGAUGGAAACCACAUGGGAAUAGUCACAACCAGCAUAAUCAACCCUGUUAUCGAAAAGAGCCUAAACAGCACAGGAAUCGAACUCAAAAGUGGAAGAGAUAUCAAGGUUAAGAUUGACUACGAUGGUUUGGACGAAAUACUCUCCGUUUACGUUGGUUACUCUGAGAACCCACUUGUCAGCUUUUUCAACCGUUCGAUCACCAUAUCUGAUAAAGUUCCAAGAUCAGUUUACGUGGGUUUUACAGCUUCUACCGGGACAUUACCAGAAACCCACCAGAUCCUUGAUUGGGUUUUCACAUCAGUGCCAUUGACCACGUCUUUUGUGGCCCAGGACUACAAGAAUAGUAUUAUUAAGACCAUACUGGUUAUAACUAUUCCAGUUUCAAUUGUCUUGUCGAUUGUAUUAAGUGGUGUAUUUGUAUUGGUUUUGAGAUUGUUUUUGAAGAGGAACAAUGAUAAUAAGAAGAAUAGAGAAGACAUAGAGAGUAGGUCAAGAUCAGCUGCAAAUGUGCCCAAAAUGUUCACCUAUAAAGAGCUUUCGAAAGCCACUCAUGGCUUCAGUAGGGAGAAUCUACUAGGCACAGGUGGGUUUGGAAGCGUUUACAAGGGAACCAUAAUACUUGAUCAUCAACCUCAAAGUCAAACCAUUGCUGUUAAAAAGAUUUCCUCAACAUCCAAACAAGGUUUGCCUUGUCUUGCCCUCAUCUUCUAUUUAUUUUAUGAGUGUUGUUAUUUGGCAACUUAA